AAGCCGGGUCGAAAAAAAUGGGGAUUGCGAAUUUCUGCAUGUGAGUGCUGAUCCUUUAUGUUAGUGGAUGGUUGCAGCUGCUUGUGAGAGCACAUGUUUACAACGACAUCGGAACAAGAUUGACCAUUUUUCUAUAUUUUCCUGUGACCACGAUGAGGAUGUUGCUAUUACGGAAAGGAAUUUGGGAGCUUAUCAUCUCCCCUCCAAAUAAACCACGACCCAUCAGCAUCGAGAGGUGGAGACAAUAUUCCGCUGCACCAGCGACACGAGCAAGGCAGAAGGAACGAUGUCAGGACUGGGUGGAGGAGGAGGUCGUGGAAGAGGUGGUCGAACAGCAGCCGAAAUCUUACCCGGAACCAAAGUCAUACCCGAGCCGGCGACGACGGACAGAAGAUGAAGAACGGGAUGACGAGGAGAGGGCGAAAGGGAAGAAGAAGAGGAGACCCUGGCCGAUGACGGCGCUUUUGUGGAGCCCACUCCCACUCGCGGCCAUCUACACGACGACAAAGUUGAGAAAAUUGAGAGACCCCGAAUAUCCGCUGCGUCACUGGGAGAUACGGGCUUAUCGUCUCUUCCCCUGGCGUACCUUAUCAAGAACAUGGGGUUUCGUAAACUCCAUACCCCUUCCUACCUGGGCCCGCACUCCAGUCCUCACCUGGUACUCCUCGACCUUUGGGUGCGAACUGUCCGAAGCGGAAGUCCAAGACCUGACCGCGUACUCAAAUCUGGGUGAAUUUUUCCGUCGCGGCCUCAAACCCGGGUCACGCCCUAUUUGUCCCACGGCCUCCCUUGUCUCACCCGCGGACGGCACGGUGCUCCACUCCGGCCCACUUUCCUCUUCUUCCGGCAUGGUGGAACAGGUCAAAGGUGUCGCCUACUCGCUGCUAGCCUUCCUUGGCCCCAACACAUUCACGCUUGGCCCCCCAUCAACCUGGCUCGGCCCACCGACGGAUGACCCAACCGAAUAUGUCACAUCCCUGCUCAAAAAUCCUGAAGCCAAUUGCCUCUACACGAUCGUCAUCUACCUCGCGCCUGGAGACUAUCAUCGCUUCCACUCCCCAGUCGAGUGGGUUGUGACGGCAAGAAGGCAUUUUUCCGGCGAACUGCUCAGUGUUAAUCCUCGCAUGGCGAAGCGCAUCUCUGGCUUAUUUGCGCUGAAUGAGAGGGCCGUCUACGUGGGGGAGUGGGAACAUGGCUUCUUCUCCAUGACGGCGGUGGGUGCAACGAAUGUGGGCUCAAUUCGUGUGUAUGAUGACCCCAAGUUGAGUACAAACAGUUGGUUGAGGAGUGGCCGGCCGGGAACGGCGUGGGAGGAUCAAAAUCUGCGUUUAAGGAUGGAGAAGGGACAGCCCUUUGGGGAAUUCAAUCUGGGUUCCACAAUCGUCCUGUUGUUUGAGGCGCCAAAGAAUUUAGAAGCAUUGGGAGACAGUAAUAAGGUUCGAGUGGGGAGAUCGCUUCUACCUUCGUCGCAGAAAAAAUUAAGUCAAUCAUAAAUAUCUACCCCACCAGGAGAGGAAAAGACUGUACUUUUACCCUUCCCAGCUAACAUUAAGUGAAUGAAUAAUCCAAUCCGCUGUGUUAUACGAGAUGAAUGUAAUCUAUUUAUUCUUCUUAUAUCAGUGUCGUAGUAGAAACUUAUUGACAAGAUUUAAGCUGAACGGCCUCUAUUUUAUAAAAGAAAUAUAAACAAAUUACAGUGAUAAUCUAUUAUAUCUAAAGUAUAAUGAAAGAACAAUAAUGUUGAUAGUGAUGAUAAUAAUGAAAUAAAAAUAGUUCUACUAAAAAUCCUGAUAA